CCGAGCACAGGAGCCUUUCGGUUUGGAAGUAGUUUGUAAAACCCGAAGUAGCUCAAAGUGUCCUCCUUGACAUGGAUUAUCUGGUCACCCUAGCAAUGCCAGUACUUCAAGCCCGAACCCCUGUUUCUGAGCGGGGCUCAGUGAGUGAUUCAGCCAUAAGCCUUCAUCCGUAUGGAACCACACUGACAGUUGCCCUGUCCUCAAAUUGUUUGAUGAAGAUCCUGUAAUAUUUUCAUGUGUAAAUACAUUGUAUAUGAACCGCUCAAGCUGUCAAGUGUUUGACAUUGUAUUGAGUCAUUAUUUACUUUUGUAGUUCUUACAUGGAAGGUGUUAGUGCAGUGUGGGAUUUAAAUUCCAGUUUAUUGUGCAGUGUGCGUUACAUUUUUACUUAUUUUUCAGUAGUUAGGAAUGUUACUGUCCCUUUAAAAUUUAAACAUAACCCAAUUUGCCCUGGGGAGGGUUCAGUUUGAGCUGGAGUUCAACCAUUAUGACAAGGGCUGUCAGAGGUGACUUUGUUUAUAUAUGAAUGUCUGUUGACUGAUGUGUGCUGCUAGAAAUUAUUCACCAAGCCUCGUUGGUAUACAUGUGUGUUCCAUCUGUAUCAGUAAGGUUACUUCAGAUACCCCCACUCUGGGUCUACAGAACACCCUUAUGUUUUUCCCAGAAGUGCUGCAGUUAAAACUCAUGAACUGGCCUUAGGUAAAAUUCUUGUUUUUAGUAAUUUCCCCUUAUCCGUUUUUGAAUCUCGUAGGGCUGGUAGUUCUGCAGAAUGUGAAUAGGGGUCCCAACAUUAGGAAAAAAAAAGGUUUCUCUGGCUUAAGUUUCUGGAUAUGUUAUAUUUGUGAAAAAUUUGCAGCCUUGUGUUUUCUCAUACUUUGUCUUGCAUUGAUGUUGUACCUGUGCCCUUUCAUUGAGCAUGUUUGUGACAGCAAUUUCCCCUUCGGAUCUAUGGAGUAUGGUUAUCUAUCCAUCUCUGAUUAAUAGCUGUUGAAUAGAUUGUUCCACACCUAAAAUCAAGACAUGAAUGUGUUGCAAAGAGCAGGAAUUAAUUGAAAUUAUUCAGGACAUUUUUUUCCCCAAUAACUGCGUCACAAGCUUCACUUGGGCAGAUUGAAGAGGAGGAGGCAGCCACAUUGAAAUGAAAGUUUUAUCGCUGCAGUGUUUGAUGUUGCGUUCUGGGCUCAAAUUAGAGAUCCCAGCUGUAUUGGUGUGGGGCAACAUCAUGUACCCCUGCCUGCUAAUGAGUUUCAGCAGAUCAGAGUUUGUGUCCCCUGAUCAAGGUUGUCCCCCCACACCCAGGAUACUCACAAUUGUCCAUAGACUCUGUUCAGCCAGUUUGGAGGAUUUUCAGUUUUUCUCUGACACACUUAUUCGUGCCAUGAACUAGGCGCACAUGGGUUCUCACUGAUAAGUGAAAUUGUGAACGCCAUGUUGGUAUACUAGCUAGCACUAUAUCAAUUAUGCGAUUAAUCUUUAAAUCGCAUUUCAGUUAUUCACAAUUUUCCAUCAAAUUGAAUUGUUAGUUUACAGCAGUACUGUUUAACACCAGUAGUAGAGUCUAACGUUUUAUUUUACCAACAUUCUUUCAAUAUGCUGUUUAUGUAGCCUAUGCUACGUGCACUGCAGUGCAAAAAAGGUAGAAGUGUGGCCUUUAUGUAUGCAUGAAGAAAGGCAUAGUUUAUGCAUCUGGGAAUUGAAGUAUGCAAUGACUUUAUUCAAGAUAUUGACUUAUCCUAGAUAGUUUAAGGCCCUUAAUGCCUGCUAAUUAAAUUUGACCUAUUUUGAAUUUAAGUAGUUCCAUUAUUUCAGUAUUGGAGUGUCAAAUGUCAGGAUACUAUGGUUAUAACGUGAUGCAUAAUACAUUGAAUUAUGAUGAGUAUUGUAUCGGGGCUAGUUAGCAAUACCCAGCCUUAAUACUAGCUAAUUUAAAAAAAAAAAACAAAAAAAAACAUUGUCUUAUAAAACGGUGGCACUUAUUGCGAGUACCCAGAUAUCAAACUGCAACGCACAGGAGACUUUAUCUUGUUAUACAAAAUAUGUUGGAAAUAAAUAAAGCAGUUGAGCUAAUUAGAUGGUUUUUCACAGACUGAUGUCUGCCUUGAGGGGGUGAAUGACAACUGUCAAACUGAAGGGCGAGGCACAUGGCUGACUUUUGCACUAUCCAGCCCAUUCUUCUCCUUUACGCUCUGGUAGUAUGGCUUUUGACAGAGGCGGUCAUGCCUCAGUGUGAAUAAAUACAUCUUUGUUUGGAGUUCACUGGGUGCAGGGAAAGCACUUCUCGUCAUGUGUGUUAUUGACAGAACAUCUUGUGGCUGUUGGGGUGCAGGGAGAAACAAUUAGCGUUCGUCAGGAAAUGUGAGAAGAAAUAGAAUUUGUUAAAAAAACAAAAAGAAGAAAAAGAAUUGGUCAGUGUAAUGUAGGGUUAUAAGGGGCUGUGCGGCAGUUCAUUGUUCAUGCUCGUGUGACACCGGGUCAUGGCAGAUUGUGAGACCACAUGGGUCUUGGGCAAAACUUGUGCAGUACCAGAUCAAUCAGAUGAACCUAGCUGGCCACCUAUUAAAAAUUCUUCAUUAAUAUAUUUGAAUGCCAUGUAUUUAUUAUUUUUUAUGUAAAAAUGAACUGUGUUCUGUUUUAAAUACAAGUGUCCAGUGAAAUAAAGAAUAAAAUCCUAUUUGUUUCACCACUGCUGUGUUAUAAUACGUGUACACUUGGGUAUCUGUCAACCAAAUUCAGUGUUAUUUAUAAAUUUAAAAAAAUUAUGGCUCAUAGCUCUUAUCAAUGUGUUCCGCACAUUUAGAUAUGCAUAUGUAUGCACUGUCUGUCUACGUGCAAGGGGUGUGCGAUCAGCACCCAGCAGAGCACCCUGCCUGCACUCAGAGGAUGAGAGCCAAGCGGCAGUCUGGCUCAGGAAACAGCAGCCGUCCCCAUGCAUCACAGCCCCGGGCAGACGGCCAUGUGGGGAAGCCGUGGGAGGCACGCGGGUCUCCGGUGUUUCUCAUUAAAGACUGAAGUUGAAGAGGACAGAUGCUUCUAUGCUUUUCAAGGCCAUUGGGUAGCAGGACUCCACCGAUUCCAUAGGCUAAGCUGAAGAUACACUUUGUGGACGGCAGCUGGUUUUCUGUGAUAAGCGAACCAGCGGAGAGCAAAGUUCAGACCCUCUAAGGCACAUUGGGUUGGUUAUGUGGGGGAGGGGGGAGUCCUUUUCCAGACUUUCUUAGUUCAAAUACACCUGAACCAAGAAUACUGACAGAAAAGAAUGCUGGGGAACUUGUUUAAAGAUAUUUAAGUUCCUGCUGAUUUGUCCAUGGGAGAAAAAGACGAGCUGUUGAGCAUCCGGCGUAGGAAAAAGGAACUGUUGGAUGACAUUGAGCGGCUGAAGUUUGAAAUUGCUGAAGUUAUGAGUGAAAUCGAACAGCUAACAAAUGUGGGUGAGAGCAAAACUUCGCAGAGAAACAAGCAAAUUACCAUGGGAAGGAAGAAGUUUAACAUGGACCCUAAAAAGGGAAUCCAGUUCCUCCUGGAGAAUGAGCUGCUACUCCACACACCAGAGAGCAUCGCGCAGUUCCUCUAUAAGGGGGAGGGCCUCAACAAGACUGUCAUUGGCGAGUACCUGGGGGAGAGGGAUGAUUUUAACAUCAAGGUGCUACAGGCGUUUGUGGAGCUUCAUGAGUUUGCAGACCUGAACCUGGUGCAGGCUUUGAGGCAGUUCCUGUGGAGCUUCCGACUGCCUGGAGAGGCACAGAAGAUCGACCGCAUGAUGGAGGCCUUUGCAUCACGUUACUGCCAGUGCAACCUGGGGGUCUUCCAGUCCACAGACACCUGCUACGUGCUCUCCUUUGCCAUCAUCAUGCUGAACACCAGCCUCCACAACCCCAAUGUGCGUGACAAGCCGCCGCUGGAGAGGUUCAUCUCCAUGAACAGGGGCAUCAACGAUGGUGGGGACCUCCCCGAGGAGCUGCUCAGGAAUUUGUACGAAAGCAUUAAAAAUGAGCCCUUUAAAAUCCCAGAGGAUGAUGGGAACGAUCUGACGCACACCUUCUUCAACCCGGACCGAGAAGGCUGGCUGCUGAAGCUGGGUGGCCGUGUGAAAACCUGGAAGCGGAGAUGGUUCAUUUUGACUGACAGCUGCUUGUAUUACUUUGAAUACACAACAGAUAAGGAACCACGUGGCAUCAUUCCGCUGGAGAAUCUCAGCAUCAGGGAAGUGGAGGAGCCCAGGAAGCCUAACUGCUUUGAGCUGUACAAUCCCAAUCACAAGGGCCAAGUGAUCAAGGCCUGUAAGACUGAGGCGGACGGCCGUGUCGUGGAGGGUAACCAUGUGGUCUACAGGAUCUCCGCCCCUACGCUGGAAGAGAAGGAAGAGUGGAUCAAGUCUAUCAAGGCCAGUGUCAGUAGGGAUCCCUUCUAUGACAUGCUGGCGGCCCGGAAGCGACGCAUAGCCAGUAAGAAGUGAGCCAGCACUCUGCGCAGCGCGCUGGCCGUAGCUGGGCCACCAGGGGGCACUGUGGGACCAGCCUUGUGGACUCAGCAGAAGACCUGCAGGGAUGGUGGGGUACCCCCAUGCGGAUCGUAAGGAGCCCCACCCACACAGUAUUCCUCAUCGUUUCGGUAGCCGGUUUCUCUGUGUUUGUUCGUCUGCUGAUCCAAUCACCUGAGUGGAACGGCCGUGCUGACUGAGAUGCACUCGGCAUGGGAGCCGUCCUCCACUAAACGCACAAGCGCAUACGGGAAAUCAUGGACGGAUGUUUAAUGUUUCCACGAAAAUGUUCUUGACGGAAGCAUCAGCAUGUAGCACUGAGUGUUGAAUGAAGAAUGAAGAGACAUUAAAACCCAUGGUUUGGCAGAGUGCACUUCUGUUCUCGUUGUCUGGUACCUUUACAAUCCAUCACCAUCGGCAGUCUUAUGAAUAGUAGAUUCGAGACGCACAUCGAUAAUCAGUCACAGCGAUUGACUUCAGAUUUUAGCUUUAAUGCCAACAAGCAGCUUACAGUCGACCAGACUGAUGCCAGGUCACAUUUUCUGAGGUCGAGAAUCACAUAAUAAGCAGUGGUGGGAGACCUGUGACCCCUCGUGCUUUUCCAGUGUACAGAGGGUGUGUUUGUGUGGCCCCCUCCAGGGUCUGUCUCCAUGCACGCUUUCAUUCCUUUCUUCGGCGGCCGUCCACUUGAGUUCCUAGAACCCAUCGCGGUCCAAACCGUCGAAUACUUGAUAUUUAUUUUGUGCAGUUGCUAAAUUCUAUUGUGAACUGUUUCAUUUUCUUAAGUUAUGUGUAAAUGAUGUAUAGGUAUUUUUGGUGUGUAAGUUAAAGGUAAUGCCCAUAUUUAUAGGAAUUGCUUGGUAUGGGAUUCUAAAGAUCAUGAUGGUGGUGAGAAACCAAACAAUGUAUACAUGGCUGCAGCAUGUGCCUUCUGGGGGGUGACCUGGGUGCAGCUAUGUAUAUAUACACAAAGAAUAUCCAGACCAUCCUAUGUGAUUGUUAAAUAUUACAUGGACCUCAUUAAAAUGCACUUAUUUGUUGA